CUGCUAUUGUACCUUGAUCUCUUCAUAACCGUCAACGCAGCAACCUACAGCAUUGAAGAAACAUUCAUGAUGAACUUAUAGCUUGAUAUUUACUUUAUUUGAAUGCGGUUCUGUCAAAAGUCAUGCCUAGUUACUUGCAAUCCGGCGCAGCUCUACUCACAGUCUUCAUCUCGCUCUCUUCUGCGGCCGUGUAUUUCGCCUUCAAGUCCGCAGAGGAAUGGUCAAACUACGUUGACACUUACACGGAUUACAAUGAAGGUAGUGACACCUCACUUAAGGAUCUAACUGUGCUUUCGAUAACAGGAGGCUACAAACAACGCGUCCAGGCACAAAAUGUACUGAUCGCCAGAGCAAUCGACACCCCGGACUUCACAGUCACUCUCGCUACCCUCCUGCGGAGUUCAAAACGCCUAAAUCGGUUACGAGCAGUGCGAACGCUUGCGCUCAUUCUUUCUAAAACAAGCGACCUCUUCAACGUCAUCGGCGACACCUGCAAAUACGAGAUCCUCACCGGCCUCGAAGUCACCCUUCUCUACACCAUCCCCGAUUUCAACAAAAACACAUCCGAAGACGUUGAUCUCCGGUCAGAGACAAUGGCGGUUCUCAACCAGUACAUCCAUUUCUUCAGAAACAUGGUCUUUGGCAUCCAGCUCAAGCCGCCGUUGCUCACGCGGUAUUUCAAAAAAUACAUCGCACUCUCGGAACAACAGCCUAGCAAGCUGGCGCCGCUGGAACUCGUCAGCGAUACCGAUCUCUAUGAACAUGCAGACGAGCAGAUGUAUACACUCAUGCGAAGACUGCUUGAUUAUCCGGCGUUUAAGGAGCAGAUCAGAACUUAUAAACCGUUCAAGCAAGCAUGGUCGGGAGUCCAUCAUCGUUGAUGCCGUAAGGCUGCUACAUUUCUACUGUGCAUUGAAUGCAGAGUGACUACAACUCUUUGUUUCUACUUUCUACGCUUGUAUAUUAGACCAAAUAUCAUAAUUGCGACAUAGUUAUCGCUGUAUCUUCAUUAUCUCAAUGUAUAUAUUACAUAAUAGCUGACAUAAAACACGAAGGGGCUUGUGUCAGGUGAGUGGCUGUACUUCCGCAGCACUCCGACUCGAAGCAGCGGCA